GCAUCCGCGGGCAGCAGCGGGCUCCUGCCCCGCGCCCCCGGCCGCUGGCCCAGAGCCGCGCCAGGACAUGAACUCCUACCUGGAGUACCUGUCUCGCGGCGAUGCCCUGCGCGCCCCGCCUAGCUUCUGCCCUGCAGACCCCAGCGCCGUCGCCCUGCAGCCCUCGUGCCCCCUGGGCGGGGAGAGCGCGUACCUGGGCAGCCGGCUAGUGCCAGGCGCGGGGACUGCGCCCGGCCCGCCCCAGCGCACAGCGCAGCAGCCGCGGCCAACCACGGCUUCUCGCUUUGCUGCCUGCGCUCUGGCGGGGGCUUACGACUCCGGUCCACCUGCUGCUGACUUCAACGUCCUACCCCCAAGCUCAGGCUACGCCCUGCCCUACGGAGCCAGUGCCCAGCUGGAGGACGCUGGCGGGGGCCACCUGCGCUAUGCAACUUCCAUCUUCUCCGGCAGCGGAUCGCCGCUCCCGGUGGGUUACAGCGCCUUGGCCGAGCAAAGCCACUUCCACCCCUGCCUCAAAGAACCGCCUGGCGUCCAGCCCGGGGGCUUCCAGAGCGUCUCCCCCUCCCCGGGGACCUACCCCAAGCCCACCUCUCCGGCCUCAGGGGGCGCGCUCGGCACCUUCGAGUGGAUGAAAGUGAAAAGAAAUGCGCCCAAGAAAAGCAAACUCUCCGCCUAUGGGGUGCAUAGCCCCCCCAGCACCGUGCGGACCCAUUUCAGCACCAAGCAGCUCACAGAACUUGAAAAGGAGUUUCAUUUCAAUAAGUACCUCACCCGGGCCCGCCGCGUAGAGAUCGCGCACUCGCUCCGCCUUAAUGACACUCAAGUGAAAAUCUGGUUCCAAAACAGAAGAAUGAAACAAAAGAAACGGGAAAGAGAAGGGCUGCUGAUCCCUUCACCUGCCGGAUCCCCCUCCGCGCAAAGCCCCGCCAAGUCAGGCAGGAAUUCUGUACCCUCCUCUCCUGCCAAAGACUUCUGCUGAUCGCUGCAGUGCCAGCUGUUGUGACAGCUACUUGCGAGGAAAGGAAGGCUGAGUUUCAGACAUUUUAAAGAAUGCAUAAAGCAUCGCAACAGUGUUAAUCCUGCACAACCCGAGCCAAAAAAUAAUCAUUUCACUAAGGCUAUCACUGCCAAUGAAAUAUUUGGGCUGUGUCUACCUAAGGAAUUAUGUAGCUGAUUUUUUUUUAUGCCGGACUGUAACAAUAUAAAAGUGCUCGUUAUUGCAACUUGUUUACAUUUUAUUUAUGGGUAUAUCAGGGAAAGCUGUCAGUCAAAACACUCUGCUAAUUUCCUCAUUGACCUUAUGAAUUUUUUGGUAAAGUAGCCGGCACACGCAGUGCCUGUAUCAGUUUUAAAGGUCAAACAAGACCACGCAGAGUCCUCCAGCUUAGUAAUAUAUAUGCAACGAAAAUAAGUUAAGGGAGUAUUAUUGCUAUUAGUAAGAGAGCCAAAGAAAAUGCAAACUGGCUGGUUCAGUUGAGUUUCUGCACUGACAGAGAAGUUUAACAUUUGCACUACAAGGUAUUUUAAAUUGCUCCUACUUUUCAAUGUGCCUGAAUGGGCGGGGGAAACAAUCCUCAUUCAUAUAGUUCCAGUACUAUAAGGACUAACUGACCUGUUAAAUGUCAAAACUCCGAAUUAUUAACGCUGUGUCCGGAUUUGUAUUGUAUUUAUAUUUUGUGAACAACAGGCUUUGUCUUGAAUAAUUCUGAAUUUAAUUAAGUGCUAGAGCAUGGUUGUUGGUUUUUAUUGAAAAAUAAAAUACAAAAUCACUCAGAGCUGAAAAGUAGUGAAAAUUAAUACAUAGCUACAGAACGGGUUUGAGUGAAAUGGAUGU